UCUUGACCUGCAACCACCAACAAUUAUUUAACUUGCAAAAACGAAGCUGAACAUUUUCCCAGUUCCAAACCGUUUCUACAAUCGGCCGAACUGGCUGAACUGGCGUUUCUCUCCUUUUUAUUUGUCUCAACGAAAUGCCUGAAGAAUCCGAGUCUUCACCAAGCAAAGAAUGGGUCCUUGAACCAGAAACUGAAUACAGAUUUGAACUCGAUUUAGGGACAUCUCUCGCAAUCAAGUUGUUGCGGGGAAAUGCAGAGAUUUUUGGCGCGGAAAUGGUCGAGGGCAAAGCUUAUCUUUUCGGUCAAGAGUGCAAAGCAGCAGUCUUCACUUGGGUCGGGUGCACUAUCCAGGUAACCGGUCAACCAUCGACUGAAUAUGUGUCGGAAGAAACCCCAAUGACGGCCUAUGGCAACCUGCAUAUAGCUUUGGAGCAAAUGCGUGUUCGCGCCCUUGCGAAAUUCCGUGGAUCACCAGAACCGGAAGCCAGAUCAACCGACGCUCCCGCAGAACCACCCAGAGUCUUGGUUCUGGGCCCCGAAAAUGCUGGUAAAACCACGCUGUGUAAGAUUCUGAUUAACUAUGCAGUGCGCGCUGGGCAGGCGUGGUCUCCACUUCUUGUGAAUGUAGACCCUGGCGAGGCAACAUCGGCAGCGCCGGGUGCCCUCUCAGCAACUUCUGUGUACAGCCCCCUUCCGACCUGUUCUCCAUCAUUCCCACUGGGCUCCGCUGCUACCUCCGCACCGACAAGCCUGGGAUCCAAUGCCCUUCUUCCUGUUUUGUACUGGUAUGGCCACUCAAGUACUACCCGGAAUUCCCUGUUGAUGGAUAGACUCAUCCGAAAUCUCGGGUUCAACAUCGAUAACAAGUCAUCCAAUGAUCCUAAAGGCCAGUUAGCCGGAAUAAUCGUUGACACACCGUCUUCGUUUGCAUCAGGGACUGCUGCAACGAACGAACAGCGACAGAGGCUCAUCAAAGCGUGUAUAGAUGCCUUCAAAAUCAAUAUCAUUCUUGUAGUGGGACACGAGAAACUCAAUGUAGAGAUGCAGCGUGCUUACUCAUCCAAGCUCAAAGUGGUUAAAGUCCCGAAAUCUGGCGGAGUUGUCGAGUUGGACCAUGGUUACCGAGAGCGAAUUAUCAAUUACCAGUUUCACGGUUACAUGUAUGGCGAGGUCAUCCGGCCACCGCCAGGGAUUACAUCUGGGACGCAGGGGGGAGAGGCUCUUACCGACCUCACUUUGUCCCCUUCGUCAACGGUGGUCAACUUUAGCGACUUGAAGAUAUAUCGCAUCGGGGCUGCCACGAUGGCCCCUUCCUCAGCACUGCCCAUCGGUGCAACUCGUAGUGUUUCAGAAAUGCAACCGGUUCUCGUCGAACCUUCACUACCCGGAUCAGGCUUACUGAACGCGAUUCUCGCUGUUCUUUCUCCGUUUAAUCCCGACGAAAAUGAACGGUAUGACGAAGAGAUUCUGGAUCUCUCAGUUAUUGGUUUCAUCGCCGUAACUCAUAUCGAUAUACCUCAUCAAAAAUUGACCGUUCUUUCUCCAGCUCAAGGAUCAUUGGUUGGAAAGACGGCCAUCAUUGGCUCGUAUGAAUGGCAGGAAUAG